AUGGAAGGUCAAUUUAUUGUAGAUAAAGAAAUUGGUUCAGGUUCCAAUAAAACAAACCCACCAGGAUUUUGGAUUGGUUUCGAUGACGCUUUCUAUGCAGUUGCUGGAUAUCAAAUCCUUGCAAAUGGUCGUAUCGUAUAUUCUCAAGACAACGCAAGAGAAGAAGCAUAUAUAACUUCAAACUCACAAACUACCGAACAAAUAAAGAAAGUAGAUGUUUUCUCAAAGACUCGACAUGAAGAUGUAUGGAGUCAUUCGGGAACAUGCAGAACAGGACAAAUUGUUAGUGGUCCAAUUACAGCAGGAAAAUCAUUUGAUUUUAAGCUUCGUUUAAGAAUUCCUGUUAGAAGAUUCCUUCCAUUAGAAGCUAUUCGAUUUAUUCCAGCUUUUGCAGGAAACAUUCAGCUUAAAGUAAAGUUCAGUAGCGACGCCUUACAAUGCACAUCUAUAUCUGUAAAUGAUAUCAUUGCUUUCAAUCCAACUCUUAAAGUUGCAUUUGCUUCAGAUUCAAAUCCACCGACAAAUAAAUUUGUUCCAUGGAAUGAACCAUUCACUAUGAUAACGAAGGCAGUAGAAGCUAGUGGAACAGUUACUAUUACAACUGUAACCCAGCAACUAUUUCGAACAAAGAUGGAUUUUAAUGAAUGUUUCAUUCAUCCAAAGUCAUUCUCUUUAGACCCUAACAUUUAUACAGAACUUGUAGAACAUUAUACAAACGAGGCUUUAUGUUUUCCUGUUAAAGUUAUGGAUUGGAUUCCUAUGGACGGUUCAUUCUCAAAGAAUACAGAUAGUUCAAGUGCAACAUUUACAGCAGCUUAUACGCCUAUUAAUGUUAAAAGUAUUUGG